AUGACAUCAACAUCCUCAACCGCAAGUCACCUCCCGACUUGCCGCCCCACCACCUCCUCCUACUCUUCAUCUAGCACGACAACAACCGACAACGAGAUGGUGGGCAUUUUGAGCCUCCCGCCCGAGAUAUUCCACGGGAUACUCUCCCUUCUUGACCCGAAGGACUUGGGGAACUUGCCACGGGUUUGUAAAGGGUUUAGGGAUUUUGUCGAGGGGAAUAGCCCGCUUUGUAGGGAUGUUUAUUGCAGGAUUUUGGACAAACCAGCCUCGGCGACGGGCAUUGAUUUCGUUCAGGAAGUGAGGGAUCUGCUUCAUCUGGAGCAGGUUGUUUCUGCGGGGUGGCUUAUUCCUGAUGAUGGGGACUUUACGAAGACCAAUGAGUUGGCUAUGCGGGAGCUGCCGUUUGUUCAUCGGACUAUAACCAGACUGCUGAGUCAUAUCCCUCUUCUUGAGCAAGGGCUUGAGGGUCCGUCGAGGUUGGUGAAUGCGGAGACGUACCAUCGAUCGGCGACUUGUGAGUAUCUGGCCCGGGUGCUGGAGGAGGCGCCAAGGUCGGCGUUUGAUGAGAAUUGGAAUGGGGUUCUUCAAGGGUUUUUUUACCAGUCGACGAUUUUUAAGAGGAUUCCGAAGCACCCUCAGCGACCUUUUCCUGUCAUCAGCCCGAAGACGGUGAGGAGGUCGUUGGGGGAGGUGGUGGACGAGGAGGAGAGGGAGAGGAGGCGGAUGAGUGCGCAUUUGCAUUGUUUGUUGGGGAUUCAGGACUUGCUGAGGGAUGUCACGAGCGGGAGCUCGCUGAAGAAGUGGAGUUUGCCUGAGAGGGCUUAUGCGACUGCUUGUGCGAAAGUGUAUGAUAUUCGGGAGUAUAAGAGGGAGGAGACGGGUUGGGGACCGUUUUAUACGCCCGAGGGGGAUGCACUUAAGCGCAAGCAGUCGCAUAAGCCUGCCACGUGA